AUGGCUUCUCCUCAAGUCAAGCGCUAUGUCAUCGUAGGCAUGGGCGUCAGAUCCGCGUUUUACUACCAAAGCAUCAUUCAAGACUUCAAAUCGGUUGCUGCAGUAGUGGGAAUAUGCGAUACGAACCAGACGCGUAUGAAAGCUGCCAACGACCGAAUGGUCGAACUGGGUGGCGAGCGCGUCCCGACGUACAAGGCAGAGGACUUUGACAAGAUGGUCAAGGAGCAAAAGGCUGACGUCGUCAUCGUCACCACCAUCGACAAAUUCCACCAUGUAUACUGUAUCCGUGCCAUGGAGCUGGGUUGCGACGCCAUUACCGAAAAGCCAAUGACUAUCGAUGAGGAGAAGCUACAGGCUAUGAUCGAUGCCGAGAAGAGGACAGGCAAACAAGUUCGUGUCCUCUUCAACUAUCGAUAUGCACCUCAUCAUACCAAGAUGCGCGAACUUAUCGACUCUGGUGUCAUCGGCGAGGUUUCGACCGUGCAUAUGGAUUGGAUCCUGGAUUGCGCGCAUGGGUCUGACUUUAUGCGUCGGUGGCAUCGAAACAAGGAUACCAGUGGUGGCAUUCAGAUGCACAAGUCGAUUCACCAUUUCGAUCUGGUGCAUUACUGGUUGAACACAGAGCCGGAGAAUGUCUACUGCGUUGGCAGCCUACGAUUUUACGGUAAAGAGAAUGCAGAGCGACGUGGAGAGAAAAACCUCGGCGAGCGCUAUCUCAACAACGAGGCUGCCAAAGAUGACCCGUUUGCCAUUCAUAUCGACCAAAACGCCCAGCUAAAGAAGCUUUACCUGGAAGCUGAGCACGAGGAUGGCUACAUUCGUGACCGCAACUGCUUUGCUGAUGGUAUCACCAUUGAAGAUAAUCUCUCCAUGGUCAUCAAGUACAAGAACAAAGCCGUCAUGACAUACAACACAUAUGCUUAUGCACCAUGGGAGGGUUAUCGCUGCGUCUUCAACGGCAGCAAGGGCCGCAUCGAGAUAAAUGUCGUCGAAGGCGGAUACUCAGCUGGCGGCGAGACCAUCACGAACGAGGGGCUUGGGGAGCUUGAAGCCAACUACAUUCAGGGCGGCGUGGAGAAGACAAAUAUCGUUGUCUAUCCAUUGUGGGGUAAGCCAUAUGUGGUGGAUGUCAUCAAGGGGGAAGGGGGCCAUGGCGGAGGCGACCCUCUUCUGUUGAAGGAUGUGCUCGUUGGUAGCGACGGUGAAGACAGCUUCAAGAGGGCUGCGUAUAUUCGUGAUGGCGGUAAUGCCGUUCUUGUCGGCGUUGGUGCCAAUAAGUCCAUGGAAUCUGGCUUGCCUAUCCAAGUGCAGGAUCUGGUCAAGUGGUAG